AUGCUAACUCGACACGCAUCUAUACCAUCUUCCGCCUCUUCAUCGAAUUUAAAUUCAAAACAACAACAAUCACAGUCUGUAUCAAAACAUUCAAUACAAAUUACACGGAAUUCAACGAGAAAACAAACAAAUGAAUUUGUUGAAAAUAAUAAUUGUUUUACGGAUAGAGAUGGAGGAGAUUAUUCUUCAUCAGAUCGAAAUAAACGGUUAAAAGGUAGUGGUGGUGGUGGUGGUGGAGAUCUAAGACAAUGUUCUAUCGAUGAUAACAAUAAUCAUCAUCAGAAACUAAACAGCAACAAUAAUAGGAAAUACAAUAAUUCAUUUUCAUUAUUAGAUAAUGCAUCAUCUACACAACAUUUUUCUUCACAACAAAUAGGAUUAUUAUCUCACCCACAACAAACACAAUCAUGCACAACAACAACCACGACAUCGACAUCAACUAAACCAUUAAAAAAACGUUGGUUAGCUAGUCAUGAAAAUUCAGAGGAGAAAGGUGAAAAUCAGGAUAAUCAAGAACAGACAACACAAAAUGGUCAUGUUAUAACAGGAAAUAAUCAAUUGUCACCUAUCUCGUCUACAAUGUCACAGUCAUUAGAUUCUGAACUUGAAACAAUUAUAGUUAAUUUAAAAGAAAAUAUUAGUAAAUGUAAUUUAAAUGAUUGGAUCGAUCUAAAUGUUUUAGUUAGAAAAACAAAUUCUAAUCAAAAUUUUACCUAUGUUCAUGGUCAUAUUUAUCAAAUAAAUGAAUCAAUUGUUACAAUAAAAACAAAAAAUACAAAUGUUCAAGAAUUAAUUCAUAUUAAUUUACUUAAUAUUUACGAAUUAUUCGAUAUUAUAUUAGAUAAUUUACCUGUUUAUACGGAUUUGGACGUUGGUAAACGUGUUUUAUGUAAAUUAUCAAUUGAACAUACACAAUAUUCUAUGGGUGUAAUUAUGGAUAAAACACAACAACAAUUUAAAAUUAAAUUAAUUGAUACCGAACAAACGGUACUAUUAGCGAGACAAUCAUUAAGAUUAAUUUUACCACCAUGGCAUGAAGAAAUUUCGAUUGACUGGAAUUUGGCAACAGAAUUAAUUUUAACAGAUAAAUUAUCAUUGUCAUCAUCAUCAAUCAGAACCACAGUGAAUGAAGAGAGCUCAAGCAUGAAUAAUGAUUUAAUAACAAUGAACAGUAAUGCUUUUCGUCUUCGUCUUCUAUCUACUAAUGAUUAUUCAUCAUCUUUAAACCGUCAACUAUCAUUAUCAUUGUCUGAAAAUUUAAUAAAUGUUAAUGUUGAUGACACAAUUCGAACGGCAACAGCAACAACUUCGAUCAUUACAACAGAGAGAGAACAAGAAGAGUUGUCAAAUGAAAAUGUGAAAAAAACAUUAGAAAAUAAUAUACAAAUUAUAGCAAAACCAUCAGAUGAUGCACAACAGACAGAUAAUAAAAAUAUGUUUAAAAAAGGAGACAUUGUUGAAGCACCAAAUCAGAUUCGAAAAAAGUUUAACGGUAAACAAUGGCGACGGCUAUGUUCAAAAGAUAAUUGUCCAAAAGAAUCACAACGAAAAGGACUAUGUUCAAGACAUUUAUCACAAAAAGAUAAAAAUUCUUAUCAACAAACUCGUCCCACUCCUCCACAAUUACUGAUUCCACGUUAUCGACACCAUCCAUAUCAUCAUUCUGUUUCAUCCUCUCCUGUUAGUACCAUUCCACAAUAUGUACGACAUAUUUACGAUUAUUCACCUGCAACCACAUCGCAACACUCUAAUCAAACAUCGUUUAACCGUGUAAAUUCUUUUCCAAAUCAGCAAUCAGAAUUACAACAAUUGUUUACAACAUCAAAGCCAACUGGUCUCGUUCCGCCUGGUAACGCAUUUAAUUUACAUCGUGGUUCCUAUUCUGCUCCACAUUCUCGAACAGCAACUCCUAUGCCACAUCCGUCUACAAUUACAUUGACACCACUUUCAUUAUCGACAGUGACUUCUAGAGUCAAUUCACAUUCGUCUUCAUCAUCUCUAUCACCGUGUGAACAACAAAAACAACAACAACAACGAUUGUUAUUUAUUAAAGAUAGAUCACCAUCUGUGCAACAACAGGCUCAUCAACAACAGUAUUUUCAUGGUGAAGAACAACAAACUACAAGUCUUUUAAGAGAUAAAGAAAAUAAUGGUAUGAGUAAUAUUGUGAAUUGGCCAGAGAUUUUACCAAAAAUUUCAAUUAAAGUUAAUACAACAAUAUCAAAAGUUCAUCGACAAGCAAAUAACGAAGAUAGUGAGGACGACGAUAAUGUAUUUCCGGAAAGGUGUAAUUCACCUCGUUUUAACCCUCAACAACAGGAAUCACCUUCUUCUCAACAUCAAUUGAUCGAACGACAACAGUCACAAAAUAAUUCGAAUAAUCAAUGUUUAUACACAGAAAAUAAAUUACCACAAUCUACUUCGUCAAUACAACAAGAUACAUCUCGUUCUCUCCGUCCUCGAAAUUUAUCAUCACAUACCAACAAUACUCAAAAUAAAUCGUAUAUCCGUCGUCCCAUGAAUUCGUUCAUGUUAUUUUGUAAAGAACAACGACCAUUAAUGCAUUUAGAACAUCCAAAUCGGGAUAAUCGUACGGUUAGUAAGAUACUUGGAGAAAAAUGGUAUACACUGACGAAAAAAGAACGAGAUAAGUACAAGCUAUUAGCAAAGUCUCUUAGACAAGAACACUCGAAACAAAAUCCAGAUUAUAAAUGGUCUAAUGGAACGAGAAAACAACAAUCAAAAGAACAAAAAUUUCCUGUGGAACAAGCACAUGAACGCGAGAGCGACGAUGAGGAAGAUGCUGACGCAGGUUCUUGUGAAAAUGGCGAUGAGAAGAAUAUGGCACUGCACUCACAAAUGGAAUUUAGGGCACAAGAUGAAGAUGAUGAACAAACGCUCAUUGUGAGUUAACAAUCGGUUCUACACGGUUGGAAAUAAUAUUUUUCCGGGAGGAUAGAGCUGAAACUACAGAUGAUAUAAAAAUUUAUUAUAUACCAAACUAAUGUUCAUCUAAAAUGGAAUUGAUGUGUACGACUGAUAUUCUGUAUGACGAUUAUUGACUGUAGAACUAUGGAAGUUUCUAUCGAGUGCGUCAUAAUGAUUAAAUUCUGGGUGUAGCAGUGCUUUGAGUAAAAGUCCCGUAACUUCAAUAAAACAAACGCUUUUUCGAUCGGGUUUGUUUUGUUUUGAUCAGGAAUGAUUGCUUUUCUAUUACUAAUUCUGAAAUCAAAACAUCGAUCAGAUUUUCCAUUUCUUACUUCGGCACAUUGCUGAAAAUGAGGAAAAAUUUUUGAAACUUAGUUCUCCAGCCCACCAUCUGUUCUAAAAAACAUUUUUCACAGGCAAGAGGAAAUAGCAUGUUCAGAAGUACAAAAAGAACUGAGUUCUCACUUUUGCUACACUCUUUUGCGUGAAUAAUUGCUGAAGAAAAAAGUCAAGUCGAAAAAAUAUCAACUAUACAAAGUUUUCAUUUUUUUCGUAUAAUUUACGUAGUUUCCUUGAUUAAAGUUCUAAAAUUAAAGUUUAGGUAUGAUUUUGUAGAAUAUUUCGUGGCGCAUCUUUUAAAAAAAACACUAACCGCGAGAUCCUGAACGUACACGA